AUUUAAACCAGCCCUGCUGUAUCCACGGCAACAGAAGCAGGAGUGUCACUGGUCACCAGACCACUGAGGGUCCCGCGAUGUGGCCUGGCCUGUGAUUUAUCCUGAGUGAAACAACUUGAGCUCCCUUUCUGGAUUCCAAGACAACCCUGCUGAGAGAACCCAGGCGCAACCCAGCAAGUCAGCUGAUGGAGUCGCACAGGGCCCCUGGAGUACCAGACUGGCUGACCCCAUAGGGUUGAGAGCAGACUCUGCCCCUCAGUAUGGCCAACACCACUGGAGAGCCCGAGGAGGUGAGCGGCGCACUGUCUCCGCCAUCAGCAUCAGCUUAUGUGAAGCUGGUGCUUCUGGGAUUGAUCAUGUGUGUGAGCCUGGCAGGCAAUGCCAUCUUGUCCCUGCUGGUGCUCAAGGAGCGAGCCCUGCACAAGGCUCCUUACUACUUUCUGCUGGACCUGUGCCUGGCCGAUGGCAUACGCUCUGCAGUCUGCUUCCCCUUUGUGUUGGCUUCUGUGCGCCACGGUUCCUCAUGGACCUUCAGUGCACUCAGCUGCAAGAUUGUGGCUUUUAUGGCUGUGCUCUUUUGCUUCCAUGCGGCCUUCAUGCUCUUCUGCAUCAGCGUCACCCGCUACAUGGCCAUUGCCCACCACCGCUUCUAUGCCAAGCGCAUGACACUCUGGACAUGUGCAGCUGUCAUCUGCAUGGCCUGGACCCUGUCUGUGGCCAUGGCCUUCCCACCCGUCUUUGAUGUGGGCACCUACAAGUUUAUCCGUGAGGAGGACCAGUGCAUCUUUGAGCAUCGCUACUUCAAGGCCAAUGACACACUGGGCUUCAUGCUUAUGUUGGCUGUGCUCAUGGCUGCCACACAUGCUGUCUAUGGCAAGCUACUCCUCUUCGAGUAUCGUCACCGAAAGAUGAAGCCAGUGCAGAUGGUGCCAGCCAUCAGCCAGAACUGGACAUUCCAUGGCCCUGGGGCCACCGGCCAGGCUGCUGCCAACUGGAUCGCUGGCUUUGGACGCGGGCCCAUGCCACCAACCCUGCUGGGUAUCCGGCAGAAUGGGCACACAGCCAGCCGACGGCUGCUGGGCAUGGACGAAGUCAAGGGUGAAAAGCAGCUGGGUCGCAUGUUCUACGCGAUCACACUGCUCUUCCUGCUCCUCUGGUCACCCUACAUCGUGGCCUGCUACUGGCGAGUGUUUGUGAAAGCCUGUGCCGUGCCCCACCGCUACCUGGCCACUGCUGUUUGGAUGAGCUUCGCCCAGGCUGCUGUCAACCCGAUCGUCUGCUUCCUGCUCAACAAGGACCUCAAGAAGUGCCUGAGGACUCACGCCCCCUGCUGGGGCACAGGAGGUGCCCCGGUUCCCAGAGAACCCUACUGUGUCAUGUGAAACAGGCUGGUAGGCAGGCAGGCAGAGAGAAGGUUAUGGCCACCAUAAUGGGGCCAACAGCAAGGGAGGGGUGGGGCCCCAUACAGGAGCCUUCCUUUCUGAGCUCUAGCCCCAGCCCCUCAAACCACCCAUAAUCUAAUCACCUUUGCCAACACCUCCCCAGGGUUAGGACUGGGGAAAAGGCGUUUCUAGUUUCAGGGGGAGGGGCUGUCUCUGCCGCCUCAUUCUUUUCUUCUUUUUCUUCUUCUUCUUCUCCUUCUUUCGCUCUCUCUCUCUCUCCCUCUCUCUUUCUUUCUCUUUCUCUCAAGUGACAAUUCA